ACCAAUAAAUUGAUUACUUAUCCCAUCAGGAUGUCUAGACCAGAAACCAUAAUUCCAGAUACAAUUCCUGCCCAAUACCCGGUGAUAGAAACCUCUCCAAUUAUAAGUGGGUUUGGUAGAGGGUCGUCAGAAUUGGGUAUUCCUACCGUAAAUUUACCAAUUAAUGAUAAGUUAAACUCUUUAGAUACCGGGAUAUAUUUUGGUUGGUGUAGAGUUAUACCAGUGGUGAAGGAAAAUCAUAUUGUUAAGAGAAACGACGGAAAAGAAAUUCUAUUUAAUAAUGGAUCUUCAUUGAAUUGUGAUAAUAACGAAUUAACUGUUCUACCUAUGGUUAUGUCAAUUGGAUGGAAUCCAUUUUACCAAAAUAAAGAAAAGACUGCAGAAGUUCAUAUAAUUCAUAAAUUUAACGAGAAUUUUUAUGGUGCUAAUAUAACUUAUAGUGUUUUGGGUUAUAUCAGACCCGAAUUGAAUUAUACUACAGUUGAAGCAUUGAUUGCUGAUAUCAAUCUUGAUAUCAAAAUUGCUUUACAGGCGUUAGAAAAAGACGUUUAUAAACAACGUCGUCAUGAUCUUGAUCCAUAACUCCAUUAUUUAAUUCAUAACCCCUUGAUUCUUCCUUUUGAACAUUUCACCGGAUCCACCGUCCGCAUAAUCCAUAAACAUCCCUGUUGUUCCAUAAACGUCCCUGUUGAUCCAUAAACUUUAAUAAUAACCUCUUAGUUAGAUGCAAAACCUUGAUAAGGGCCAUUUUAUCCUUUUGCCUGCACAUAGUCUCUUUUUUUAACUUAGCGAAAUAUCACGGGCAGAAAAAGACAUUUCAUCACUAGUUAUUUUAUAUAGACUGAUAUAUAUUCUAACUUAAUAAAUAUA